GGGUAAUGACGAUGGUGAAUUGAGCUCAAGAUCUAAAAUGCCACAUAGGAAAACCAACGCAGCUGAAACCUUGGAGCAGAACGUCGGUGAGUAUUCACUUUCGGUGAACUUAUUUUUGGCAUUAUUACUUUGUUCUCCCAUUCAACUAAACGUCGCAUAACUUCCUAAUAUUUGGAAUGUACUUGACAGCAAACAUCAACAUUCACAAACUCGAUGCUGCCUUUGACAUUGAUCCCUUGUUCCACAAAAUGUCGAAAACUUUUGACGAGGGUGGAGCAAAAGGUCUUUUGCUCGCCAACCUUGGUGUAAGCAAUUCUGGGUGCAAAAUUGUUUUCGAUUCGACCCUGGACACGGAAGAAACUCCUGCUCCUUUGAUCUCGAAGGAAUGUUUGACUGAUCAAGACCAAGACCCAGGAAUCCAAGAUGAAAUAUUGGCUCCGAAACCCACAGUUGACGUAUCUGGUCUGGUUGGAAAAUUAGAAAACCUCCUGUCUAGUGCCUAUGGAAGUUACAGUAACAUGGAAAAUAUACCUCUAGUCCCUCAGCUCGCGUCUCUACGCAAUCAAUAUGCUGAGCUUCGAGAAGGUGGAUUCAUUGAGACCGGAGUAGUAUUCGUACGUAUGAUUACACGAAAAUUGAUGAAAGAGAUGAUUCAACCAAUCUCUUACUAUAUAUAUAUCUAACACUUUGGAUCAUCUUUGAACCUAAUCAAUCAGUCUGAUCGAUACGCUAGCAGUACGGAGGAAGAAGCUGAAGCUGACAAAUCGAUUCAUCUCGAGGCAAUUGAACGAAGUCAAGCCUCCCAAGCAGAUCUGGGUAGAUCUCGUAUUUCUCGAGAAAGUACAGAGACAUAUGGUGCUGUCGAAGAUAACGAUCAUUACACCAAUAGUUUCGGAUAUGGUUGCGAUGACGAUAAUUUAUUUGAAGACUUACACGACGAUGAUCAUCGAUACUCCUCUUCAAGUUUUCAGGGUGCUCGGGCAUCCACCGGUGAUGUUGCCGCGAACGAAGGCAGCAAAUUGUCACGACCGACUUUCUCACAAGCAAGUCUACUACUGGAUGCAAUCGCGUCAGGAGAUAUUUCGACGACACAACCUGGCAAUCACUACGAGUUUUUCAACACACAGGCAUUGGAGAGUCUAUCGACGGGAAAUUGGUGGGCUGGAGCAGGUCAUUGGAAAAAGAUUCCUUCAAAGAGAAGGUACAAGAGUAGCCCUGGAAUUAUCGGUGGGAAUAGUAGCAACAGUAGUGGUGGCAUAGAAAAAAAUGCAAGAUUAGACUUAAAAAAAAGGAGAGGACGCAAUACUAAGACAAAAUCACUUUUGUCGCCGGGAAGCAAGAUGUUGGUGUCGAUCUCGGAAUCAACCAAAUCUCUUGAGGACUUACUUGAAAGAUCGAAAUGCAAGCAUUUGAAGAAUACUACCAAUUCGUUUCAACUCACGAAGGCAAUGCAAACAAAGUAUGGCAAAGCCGAUAAUCUAUUACCAGUUGAUGCUGGCUUAGGAAUCAAAGAACUUGGGACCUUAUUCUUGCGACCGAAGAUCGGUCUUACCGAUAUGGUGAAGGCGAAACAGGAAGUAGAAGAUACGAUGGAAGCGGUUAGUCGGACCAGGGCUGUUGGAUUUGGUGGGACAGAGACCUGGGGAGUAGACGAUGACAGUCUAUAUGGAGCUAGUGAUGAUGGAGUUGGAUUCGAUGUAGUGGACACUGAUACCGGGAAAGAUGAGGUACAUGACAAGAACGAGUUUGUCAUACCCGAUUUAGAAGACAUUCGAAAGGUCAACAGAAUCAAAAUUGGAUAUGCUACAAUGGCUCGAAAGGUUGAUGUGAAGCGUCUGAAAAAAGAUUUAUGGACGGAAUUGGAGCAAACAUUCGUGUCAAAGACACAGGAUGAUAUAGAAAGAAACAAAAAUUCUGGUGAUCUCUCGAUUAAAAAAACUGCUUCCGAUGAAAAGUUUCGUGGUUCUAAUUCGUAUGAUGAAUUUGAUGAUGAUAUCCGGUCAAAUGCUAAAAUUCAGCCUACAAACAUUGCACAGUCACUUUCAUUUCAAGAUACGGUGCGGGACAUGCAAGCAAAUCAAUCCCAGCCUGACGUCACCCUGCCGUUCUACUUUAUCUGUAUUCUGCAUUUGUGCAACGAAAAGGGGUUAUCACUGGAGUCGUCUGGGUUGGAAGAUUUUGUUAUUCAUAGUGCUUAAUCGGUUUCCAAUGUUGAGCACCAACCAUAACAUUUUAUCGACCAGUUCUUUCCCUUGGAACGAAUCGAAGAGGCUGUAUUCUAUGGAUAGUUAACAUAAUA